CUGGGUGCGCAUUAUUCAACCCCGAUGCCUUCACUUCCUGAAAGCGAGGUCACGUCAAAUUAACAGUCCUCUUUAAUCAUUGGAUUCUGCUGUAGGCGGUGUUCACACCAAAGACUGCCUGAAAUUAGAGACUGAGGAUCUGCCUGUAAGCUAUUAAACGACAUUCUUUCCAUCAAGUUAGUCCACUCAGCAGUUUCCUGCCUGGUUUAUCAUGUGUGAUCACAGCGAUUUGGAGACAGACCACUCAGAUGAUUUUUCCAUGAUGAACAGUCGCCUGGACUCAUUCCGUGGCUCCAGCCUGACCCAGCGGGUGUCAGCAGAAAGACUGGCCCGGGCCGGCUUCUACUUCACUGGCCAUGCUGAUCGUGUCCGCUGUUUCAGCUGCCGAAAAACUGUGGAAAACUGGUGCAGGGGAGAUACACCUGUAGAGAGGCAUAAGGAGGUUUCCCCUGCAUGCAGGUUUCUCAGCUGCACCCACCGUACCAUUUGUAACCCGAGUUCUGAUACCACACUGACUAACGGUUCCACCUACAAUGAAGAAGCAGAGGACAUGGAAUAUCGUUUGAGAACAGGAGAGGUGGUUGAUGAGACCACCUACCCAAUGGCCCCUCACAUGAGGAAUGAGGAGGCCCGGCUUCAGACCUUCUCAUCCUGGCCCUCUACUGCUCCUGUGAGACCCCGAGAUCUGGCCCAAGCCGGCCUCUACUACUCACGGGAGAGCGACCGGGUGCAGUGUUUCUGCUGUGGUGGCAUGCUGGGUGGCUGGGAAGCAGGGGACACCGCCUGGGGAGAACAUGCCAAACAUUUCCCCUACUGCUUCUUCAUCCUUGGGCACGAUGUGGGCAACAUCCCAUUCCAGGGGGGUAUAGAGGAAGAGGAGUGCGGCAGUAGACGACAUGCAAACACUCACCUCUGUAUGGGGAGUUUUGAGGAGAGGCUUGGUAGCUUUGCGGGUGUCCAACACCCUAUAGACCACGAGAGGCUUGCCAGAGCUGGCUUCUACAGCACAGGGAACGGAGACCAGGUGUUGUGUUUCCGCUGUGAUGGGGGUUUGAAAGGCUGGCAGCCUGAGGAAGAUCCUUGGGAAGAACAUGCCAAACACUACCCUGGAUGCAGCUUCCUGUUAGCAGAAAAAGGACAAGAAUUUGUCAGCAACAUCCAGCUACAAGACCCACGACGAAGUGGAGCUGUAAGCAUUCAGUGCUUUUACAUGCACUUAAGUACCCAGACUUCAAGUCAUCAGAAUGGAUUUUCAGGACAUAGGAAUGAGGUGCUGCGGUCUGCCAUGGCUCAGAAGGCCAUAAGCAUGGGUCUAGAGCCCAGUGUGGUGGAAAAGACCACCUUGGAGAAAAUCAGUAGGACAGGCUCAGGCUACUCCAGCCUGGAAGCACUUGUGGAGGAUUGUCUUAACAACACACCAGAGAGUGAUGCUGUCAAGACACCGGAACAAGAUGAGGACCCACUGGAGAAACUACGGAAGCUACAGAGGGAGAAACAGUGCAAAAUAUGCAUGGACAGAGAUAUUUGUAUUGUCUUCAUUCCAUGUGGUCAUCUGGUCACUUGUAAGGAGUGUUCAGAGUCGCUCAUCAAGUGUCCAAUCUGCUGUGGAGCCAUAACACAGAAGCUCAAGACCUAUAUCGCUUGAGGGAAUCACGGACUCUUUCCAAAAGUCAAUGCUGCUUUCUCACUAUCUUUAUAAUAUUGUAUUUUAACAUUACAUGUAGAUAGCUUGUAAUAUAUAUAUAUAUAUAUAUAUAUAUGUAUAUAAGGACCAUGUUGUUUGUAUGUGUAUGAGAAUGAAAGUGAGUGCAUUUCACAAGAAUACUAUUUUCACAAUCACUGAGAUGAGAUGAUACUAUAAAUGGCUGAUGUAGAUUUUCUAGGCCAUUUAUAGGUACUGAAACCAAAAUACACACUAAUCGACAAUUCCCAUUUUGUAACACUUUUUCUUACCAGAGGUGCCUUACACUCAUCAUACGCGUUUAUGUACGCACGUCUCGUUUUUGCUGUUUUAUUUUGGACAGUUUAAUUGAACUGGACAUGGGAUGUACUAUAAGUCACUUUGAUACACUUCAUCUUUUUAGUCUGGUGUACUUAAUGCUUUCGACUCCAUUUUCUCAAUGUAAGCUGCUCUGUAAAGAAAUGUAUAAAGGUAGAUUCUUUGAUUUUGUUUUAUAAUUGACAAAAUCAAAUCUAGUUGAGUGGUUGCAAUUAAUCAGUGUGGUGUGAAAUUAUUUUACAAUUUCAUCAUGCAAUCUGCUGUGUCAUCAAGAGUGAAUAAAUUUUAAUAAUUGGA